AUGAUAAGAAGAAAUGCUAGAUUAAGACAAGAAUACUUGUAUAGAAAGAAUUUAGAAGGAAAGGAAAAAGAUGUAUAUGAAAAGAAGAGAAAGAUUAAACAAGCACUCAACGAGGGUAAACCAAUACCUUCAGAGCUCAUAGAGUUUGAAUUCAACUCGCGUAAAGAGAUGAGUAUAGAAGGAGAGGAAGACUACAAGAGACUCAAUAUAGAUGAUGAAUAUGCUCGUGCAGGUGUACUCGACCCAAAAGUGUUUGUCACCACUUCGAGAGAUCCAAGUGCACGUCUUACUCAAUUUGCAAAGGAACUAAAGAUGUUGUUCCCCAACUCACAAAAGAUGAACAGAGGUGCUCACGUUAUCAAAGAAUUGGUUGAUGCAUGUCGUGCAAACGAUGUUACAGAUUUAGUUAUUGCUCAUGAACAUAGUGGUGAACCAAAUGGAUUGGUUGUUUGUCAUUUACCAUAUGGGCCAACAGCCUAUUUCGAAAUUGUAAAUUGUAUUAUGAUUCAUGAUAUUCAAGAUGCUCCACCUGCAUCUCUUGCAUACCCACAUCUUAUUUUUAAUAACUUUACUACUCCACUUGGUUCAAGAACUGAAAACAUCUUAAAAUAUUUAUUCCCAGUUCCAGCUCAAGACAGUAAAAGAGUUUUAACAUUUUCAAACAAUAAUGAUUAUAUAUCUUUUAGACACCAUAUCUAUGAAAAAGAUGGUCACAAGAAUGUUUUAUUAAAAGAGGUUGGACCAAGAUUCGAAUUAAAACUAUACAAGAUUCAAUUGGGCACAAUCGAUCAACCAGAAGCAGAUGUUGAAUGGGUAUACAGACCAUACAUGAACAGUACAAAGAAUCGUACCUUUUUGUAA